GCGGGAACGUGGCUCCAGUGUUGUGAGCGUGCUGCGCGUGAAGACACUCGUUGAUUCGGCGGGUUUUUGUAUGUUUUUCGGGUUUUUACGAAGUUUUUAACGUGUUUUCUGUUGUUGUUUUAACUCAUUUCUGAAAACACAGCAACGAGUACUUCACUGCUACAGCAGGUGAACAGACUUCAGCUGAGAUGCCUCAUGAUAAAAAGAAGAAGAGGAAGAAGACCGGGGUACCGGACCGGUGGCUGGACUACCGUCCUGUAGGACAGAGGAUACCUGGGACUCGAUUCAUCGCCUUCAAGGUGCCGUUAAAACCAUCUCUGAACCGCCAAGUCCCUGCGUCGCAGUCCUUCGGCCUCUGGGACCUGCUGGACCAAGUGGAGAGCCAGAACCAGGAGCUGGGUCUGAUCAUCGACCUGACCUUCACCACGAGGUACUACGGACUGUCAGACGUCCCGCAGUCCUGUUCUUACGUCAAGAUCCUCACCGAGGGACGCCACGUUCCCUCUGAUGCCACGAUUCUGAGCUUCAAGCGGGCGGUGAGACGGUUCCUGAAAGAGAACUGGGACAACGACAAGCUGAUCGGGGUCCACUGCACCCACGGCCUGAACCGCACUGGGUACCUGGUCUGCAGGUACCUCAUAGACGUGGAAGGGAUGGACGCUGCAACGGCGCUGGAGCUCUUCAACUCCUGCAGAGGUCACCACAUCGAGAGGCAAAACUACCUGAACGACCUGCAGCGAGGAGCCAAGAGGAGCAACGCCGGCAUCAACGAGCCAGAGGAGGAAGCGGCCAGAGGGCUCGCUGCAGAGAAACCGCCGCAGACUGGAACCACUGAUGGCGAGAGGCCGCCGCAGACUGGAACCACUGAUGGCGAGAGGCCGCCGCAGACUGGAACCACUGAUGGCGAGAGGCCGCCGCAGACUGGAACCACUGAUGGCGAGAGGCCGCCGCAGACUGGAACCGGGGACGAGAGACGACCAGCAGGCGACGACUCGACUGAGGAGAAACGAGCUGGAAGCCGCCGGGGACCUCGACAUCGGCGGCAGGUGGGCCAGGCAGCAAUGGGCGGCCUCCACCCUACACCUGCCUUACUCCCCACGCCCCUGGUCUCCUACGUCUGGAGCCCCUCCGCCCCCGCCACCCUCGCCAGGUACAGCUGGAGCGACAUGCUGAGUGGCGGGAAACAGUCGGAGGACCCGAAACCUCAGAGACACAAACUGUGACGUCAGCGAGACCCAAUAAUGAGCGACAGGAAGUUGGGGGGUGUUGUGAGUUGGUGAACAAAUAAAACUGAACUGAAAAUGUAUUUAAUUACGACGUCACCAUAGCAACGUAUGUUUUGUUUUGCUGUCCGUCUGAAUCCAAGCAGGAACCAAACAUGGCCGACGUCCGCCAGCUGAACUCCCUCCUGAAAGACGUGUUCACAGGUUAAAGGUUAAAAGUCACUGUAAUAAUAUCAGCUGUGAACUUAGAAUGAGACCUACAGAGGGAGCGGGUCCACUUCUGGCCGCCAUGUUGAACUGCCAUGUUUCUACAGUAGCCAAGAACGGACAAACUCAAACACUGACUGUAGAUGGAGACUUUUGACCGAGCUGUACUCAGUUUGUUUCAGCCUUUAACGGCGAUUGUAUGAGUGAUGUUCAGUUAAUAUUUGGAGUUUCUCAUUAUUGUCUCGUUGAUGGAACUGAGCUUCCAUUAUAGAUUACUGAUCAAUUACCAAUUACUGAUCAGACCUGAUUGAUCUUUUCUUUCCUGUUUGAGAGGAAACCGUCUCUGUUGUGCUUCAGUGGUUCCUGUUGGACUUUAUAUCGAGAUUAAAAUGAGAAUAAAACAUG